AUGAACAAGGUGUGGAAGAAACUAAAGAUGCUAAAGAUCAAACUGAAGCAACUGAAUAGUCAAGAUUUCAAUAGCACUGGACAAAGAAUUCAAGCAACAAGAGCCAAGUUGGAAGGUAUUCAGGAUCAAAUGUUUGGACCUGGGAAUGACAUUGACAUAGUAGCUCAAGAAAAAGAGGCAAAAAUGGAGUUGGCUAAAUGGCUUGAGAUUGAGGAGAGUAUAAUGAAGCAGAAAUCAAGGAUCAAAUGGCUCAAGCUGGGAGAUUCAAAUACAGCAUAUUUUCAUACAUGUGUCAAGAAUAGACAAGCAACAAAUCAUAUUGGAAGACUGACUGAUAGUGCAGGGCAAAUACUCAUGAACACUACUGAAGUGGAGACAGAAAUAUUGAAGUUUUACAAGCAGUUACUUGGAACAUCAGCAACACAACUACCAGCAGUCAACACAAAAGUGAUGCAGCAAGGGUAUAAACUAAGCAAACAACAACAAAUGCAGUUAAUAAGACCUGUAAUUGGAGAUGAAAUCAAGCAAACAUUACAGGGUAUUGAUGACAACAAAGCACCAGGGUGUGAUGGAUAUAAUGCAUUCUUUUUUAAGAAAGCAUGGCAUAUAAUAGGGGAAGAGGUUACUGAAGCAGUGAUGGAGUUCUUUGAUGAAACUGUAAUGUAUAAACCUAUCAACUGUACAACCAUUACUCUAAUCCCUAAAGUAAAGAACCCUAGUAGUAUUAAAGAAUUCAGACCUAUAUCUUGUUGUACAGUGUUAUAUAAGAUUAUCUCAAAAAUUCUAACAACAAGAUUGCAGGAAGUUAUGCUAGAUUUGAUUGACAAUUGUCAAACAACAUUUGUGCCAGGAAGGUUGAUCACAGAUAAUAUCAUAAUGAGUCAUGAACUGGUCAAAGGCUAUGGGAGGAAGAAUAUAUCACCAAGGUGUAUGUUGAAGAUUGAUAUGCAGAAAGCUUAUGAUUUUGUAGAAUGGGUAUGUAAAAUGGCUUCUGGAAUAGUUGCAAAUACAAGUAAAAGCAUUGUGUACUUUGGAGGUGUAGAUAACAGGAUACAGCAACAGAUAAUGGAAUUAUUAGGAUACACCAAAGGUGAUCUACCUUUUAGAUACCUUGGUGUUCCUUUGAGCACAAAAAGUCUGACAACAAUUCAGUGUGAACCUUUGAUAGAUAAAAUGCUUAGCAGAAUCCAAUGCUGGACAGCCAAGUUCUUAUCUUAUGCAGGAAGAGCAACUUUGAUCAGAAGUGUGCUGGGAACAAUUCAGAACUUUUGGGCACAAGUCUUUAUUCUACCAAAGAAAAUCAUACAAUUUAUUGAGGCAAUAUGCAGAAGGUUUCUAUGGUCGGGCAGUGUUGAACCAACAAAGAAGGCUUUGAUUGCUUGGGACAAAUUAUGUGCUCCUAAGGUAGCAGGGGGAUUAAAUUUCACAAAUAUAGAGCUGUGGAAUAAAGCUGCUAUUUGCAAACUUCUCUGGAACAUCUGCAAAAAGAAAGAGAAGUUGUGGGUUCAGUGGGUUCAUGCAUACUAUAUAAAAGAUAACAAUAUAUGGAAUACUAAACCAAAGAAUGCUUCAUGGGUUAUUCAGAAGAUAUUCAAGGCCAGAAGACAAUUUCAAGAGGCUAGAUAUUCAGAAGAUGAUGUGAGUUACAUGGAGAGAUUCUCCACUAGAAAGAUGUACAAAGCAUUACAAGGGGGAUUCCAAAAGGUGACAUGGAGAAGAAUAGUAUGCAACAACAAGGGAUUACCAAAGUGGAUCUUUAUCCUAAGGCUGGCUAUACAAGACAGGUUAGCCACUAAAGAGAGACUAGCAAGAUGGGGAUUAGUAGAUGAAACAAUAUGUACAAUGUGUCACAGGGAGAAUGAAACAUUGCAGCAUUUGUUUUUCCACUGUGAAUUCUCAAAUGAGGUACUGCAGAAGCUACUAUCCUGGCAAGGGAUUAUGAGAAGAAAGAAAGAAUGGCAGGAAGAAAUUCAGUGGACGGAGAAGAAGGCAGCAGGGAAGAGUGCAGGAGCUGAAGUGUACAUAAUGGAAUUAGCUGCAGCAGUCUACCAUAUAUGGCAAGCCAGAAACAAUGUUAUUUUCCAGAAGAAGCAAGUCAAUGCACAGAAUAUAGUGAAAAUGAUCAUACAGGAGAUACAUAUUAGAGCUCAAGAUAGUACAAAACUGGAUACCUAUUUGAGAAAUAUGAAUUGGUAUCCAGAAUGA